UCUCCCCUCUCCGACGUACCACCACCACCGUUCCCUCAAAUGUCAGCACAGCAAUCUCAAGGCAUUCAAACCCUCCUCGAGGCUGAGAAGGAGGCAGCCAAGAUCGUCCAACAGGCUCGCCAAUAUCGAGUACAGAGGUUGAAGGAUGCCCGGGCGGAAGCUUCCAGAGAGAUAGAGGAAUACAAGAAAGCGAAGGAGGCUGAGUUCAGAGCGUUCGAAUCGUCGCACGCAGGAACAACCUCCGUCGCCCAAUCCACCGUAGACCGCGAAACAGAAGAGAAGCUCGCAGUGAUCAACGAGUCCUACGACCGCAACAAGGACGCCGUCGUCACCAAACUCCUGGAUCGAGUCGUGCUGGUGCACAACGAGUUGCAUAGGAACCUUAAGAAGCCUGGCUCAGCGUGAAGAGGACUAAUUACAUACGACGGGGCGUUUCGGCGCAGCAAGCUGCGUUAAGCGCCCUCUGUUGUCUCCCGAACCCUCUCUCCCCAUCCGGCAUACAUACCAGCCAUGAUCCAUCCACUUUCCAUUUAUCGCAUUCUACGAGAUUACAUACCAACAUCCCAAGGACUCCCAAUAAACAGCAGUAUCUCUCAACUAUAUACAACAGAGCCCGUAUCGCAUUUGCAGAUGCAUUGUAGGCAAGAGAUCCCAAGGACAGGCACCACAUUUCUAUUGCUCUACGCCAUGUCAUGUUCUUCUACAAUCCAGACCUAUUUCUGAAUC